GUCAUAUUCAAUCUUAAUACCUCAUUCUUAAUCACUCACAUUUGGCUCUAAGUAUCAAAAAAAUAAUAAUAUAAUGAGCUUUUUAAAUAUUGAGGAGAGAUUGAUGGAUUCACCAAAAAGGACAGAAAGUACGGAUAUAUAAUCAGACAGUUAAAAAGUUAAGAAAGAAUUGAAUACUUUUUUUUUAGGUGUUUAAUAAACUUCAAAAGUAACUAAUUAUGAUUAUGCUUUAGGUUACAAGAAAGUACAUCGAUACUAGAACACAUGGAAUAUAAUUAUACUAUCAAGAAUUUACUCCAUAGUUUGUUGAUGCUUAAGUUAUUAUUGUUCAUGGAUUUGGUGAACAUUCUGGAAAUUAUAAACAAGUAAUAUAAAUGGUUUAACUAUUUAUAGUUGACAGAUUGUUUUUUACUUAAUAAUUUUAAAGUCCAUCUUUAUGAUCAAAGAGGUUUUGGUUUUUCAGGUGGAUUUAGAGGUAAAGCAACAAUUGAAGAGAUGCAUAUGGAUUUAUAAAGUAUAUUAGACUAAAUUGAUAAAUCUGUGCCAUUAUUCAUUUUUAGUCAUGCUCUUGGAGCAGCUAUUGUAAUUAGUUUUUGUUUAAUGAAUCCAUAAUUUGAAAUAUAAGGACUUAUAUGUAGUAGUGCUCAAUUUAGAGUUCCUCCAAGAUAUGGAAAAAUGAAGAUGAUCACUUUAUAAAUGAUGGCUAAAUUAUGUCCAGAUUUAUAGAUUAAUACGUAUCAUAAUUUAUCCUUUGCAUCUAAAAAUAAUCAUCAUAUAAGAAAAUUAGCAACAGAUCAUCUAAUUAAUCCAUUUAUGAGUAUUCAAUUUGCAUUGAAUGUCUUGUUAUUUUAAUAAUACAUUUUACCUAAUGCAAAUUAAUUUUAAAUUCCAAUCUUGAUAUUGCAUGGCAAAUAAGAUAAAGUGGCUUCACAUUUAGAUUCGGUUGACUUUUAUAUGCAAAUUCAAUCCAAGGAGAAAACUAUAAAAAUUUUCGAAAAUGGUUUUCAUGAAAUGCAUAAUGAUUCUGAAUGGCCAAAAAUGAAGACUAUUAUUACUUAAUGGUGUCAGAAAAUGAUAACUAAAGAAGUUAAAAACAAUUACUUAAAAUAAUACAAUUAUGGAGUUGUUGUCUAACAAUACAGAUCCAAAAUUAGGCUUCUAAUAUCUAUUCUCUUAAUAGUCAUAAGAAAGUAAAUUAUUUUAAAUAUAUCAUUAGAAAAUUUUCUUGCUUAAAAACAAGUACUAAAUUAAGUGUAGUAAUAUUUAUUGAACUAUUACUCAGAAUAUUCACAUCUCAGUGA